AUGGAAGCUACUUCUUCACAGGAGGAGUUCAGUCUGCUGGAUGUAGUGGCAGCUCGCAGCAGAGGGCCCACGGAUGCAGAGCGUCAAAAGUUGGAAGCCUUUGAGCAGGAAGCCACAAAAAGACAUAAGAAGGAGGUUCUGGAGCAACCCUCUUCUCGGAGCAGACCACCCCAGUCUUCAAACAACCACCGUCCCCCCACCACUGCCUCUGGGAGAACGACAGAGUCCAAAGACGAAGAGGAAGGGUUGUUUGAUUCUGGGACCAAAGACGAUGAUAUGUUCGUAAUGCAAGUUGUACGAGAACGUCAGCAGUGUUCCAAGCUGGUCGAUGAAACAACAAGCUUGGAGCAGACUGAUUUAAAGGACGAUCUUUCGGUUCCUCAACCGCGGCUGGCACGUGGGCCAAAUGUAGCUCCUGCUGUGAUGAUUCCCGGGGCCUAUUCGGCAGCGCCUGGUACAGAACUCGAAAGAGCCGCUAUGCUCCGCUGGAGCCUUGUGGGUGCGGAGGGAGAACUAAAAUCUUCUUUCUCGCAGACUCUGGGAAUACAAAAAGGGACAACGGCUGUUCCGUCAUCAGCAGAAAUGGAUAACAGUCUUCCACCAGACGAGCACGGAAUACAUUCUUCUACUGGCUUGGCUGUGGCUAAGCCAGUGGACGAGGCUGCUCUCGAGGAUCUACCACAGGCUCAAGACUAUAGUAUGGGAAGCGAAACACAAAGAAAAACGGAACAAUUGGAAAAACUAUGGAAGAUAGGUCUUCUACUGAUGGGAGUUGCUGGGCUGGUGGUCAUGGUCAUUUUAGUGACUCUGCUAGUUGGCAACAAAAAGGAUGACAAGAUGUCUCCAACCAUGCCAGUUCCAACAAAUCCUUCAACCUCAGCUCCAACCAUGUCUCUGGAGGGAACCAUCAAGGUGUUGCUAGAAGAAGACACCCUAGUGGCUUUGGAAAACCCAGUGUCACCUCAGUCUAGGGCAUUUGAAUGGCUGUUGGAAGAUCCCAAUCUUCAUUCUUACUCAGAUGCUCGCAUCAAGCAAAAGUUCGCCUUGGCGUCACUUUACUAUGCCACCAGCGGAGAAACUUGGUGGGAUAAUACCAGUUGGCUUAACCAUAGCAUACAUGAGUGUGAAUGGUACAAUGCACCUGACUUUGCCCAGAAGAUGACGAUGGAGUUGAUAUACCCAGGCUAUCUUAUGGAAAUUGUCCCUGCCUUGGAGACACCACCACCACACUGCAAUGAAGAUGACAUGUAUCAGAAUCUAUGGUUGGAUCGAAACAAUCUUGUGGGCUACCUUCCAGAAGAGCUCUACAUGCUAACAAAUCUGGAGACGAUGUCUCUUGGAUGGAAUGAACUUGAUGGCGUACUCUCUACUCGUUUGGGGCAGCUCACUGAUUUGGAGGGGCUGGUCAUCUUUGACCAGCCAACCGAUGGCAACAUCCCCUCAGAGAUUGGCCUUUUGACCACACUGAGGGGCAUUGCCUUGACCAACAGCAACCAUCAAGGGGUCCUUCCUACCGAGUUGUGGCAGCUAACCAAUCUGGAGUACUGGAUUCUGGCAGACCAUGAGCUGAUGCAGGGAACCAUUUCAACUGAGGUGGGAGUGUUCUCAAAAUUGAAAUGGUUUGUUCUAGACACCAGUGACAUCUCAGGCACUAUUCCAACAGAGCUUGGGCAAAUAGAGCCAUUGGAGUGGAUUGUUCUGGGGCGGAACAGGCUAUCUGGAUCCAUCCCAAGUGAGCUAGGCUUUCACCCCAACAAGGAGCAUAUACACUUAAACUUCAAUGACUUGGUGGGGCGAAUUCCUAGUGAGUUGGGUUUGCUCAGUUCCCCUUAUCGUCUUGCAUUUUGGGACAACCACAUCACGGGUACAGUCCCAAGUGAACUCGGUCUCCUCAAAAAUCUGGAAGCUGCUUUGGAUCUCGCGAGAAAUCUGCUAACAGGAAUCAUCCCAACUGAGCUUGGGCUGUUGACAGACCUACACGAUCUUUUGCUGGACCACAACCAACUCUCGGGCCAUAUCCCCAGUGAAUUUGGUGAACUCACAAGCCUGCGUAUCACGAGUUUGGCAAACAAUAGCUUGUCAGGCUCAAUCCCUGUGGAACUAUCAUCUCUACAACAGACACUGCACUCAUUAUUGUUGGAUGGAAAUCCAAUGUUGACUGGAACUAUCCCAGAGUCCCUUUGCCAUGUAAAUGGAACCUGUGUCAUACCGGCAGGUUUUGCACAUUCAUGUUCAGGUCAAAUGGGGGUGUUCUUUGGGUGUACUGAUCUCCUGUGUGGCUGUGAUUGCUCCUGUGGUAGGGCUGGAAGAUGA